AUGCGUUCAUUAUUCUACAAUGGAUCAAAUUAUUGUAAUAAAUGGUGUAUAGAAAAUAAAUGUAAAAUGAAUAAUAUUAGUAAUGAUGAAACUGAAUCGAAUUGUACCGAACAAUGUAUAGAAUUUUGUAUGAAAUUACCUUCAAUGUUAUUCGUUGGUAUGGGAGAAAUGCAAUUAAAAUAUUUUGGAAGAUUUCAACUUGCACUACAAUGUCGAACAAAAUAUGUUAUUGUUUUUGAUGAUGAUUGUAUACCUCAAAAACGAUAUUUAGAAGUUGCAAUGUAUACAAUUAAUACAAAAGAAUAUCGAGGUAUUUUAGGAACUAAAGGUACACCUACGUCGGAAAGUUAUUAUUAUGGUCCUGUAUCAAAAAGUAAUCAAAUCAUUGAAGUUGAUGUCGUUGGUGGAACUUGGUUUAUGGAAAGUGAAUGGGUUAAACUUAUGUUUCAUGAUAAAAUAUAUUCAUGGAACACUGGUGAAGAUUUUCAUUUAUGUGCAAAUGCACGUAAAUAUGCUAAUAUUAGAAGUUUUGUUAUGCCUAUUGAUAAAAAUGAUGAUACUACACAUUCAUUUACAAAAGAUUAUUUCGGUAUUAGUAAGAGAGGAGAUACAACUGGAUUCGUACACGGAACUUCAUCAAGUAGAAAAUUUAUUAGAGAUCAAUUAUGGUUACGUGGUGAUCGUUUAAUGAAUAGUUAUAAAAUAUCAAAACCAUCAUUACUAUUAUUUGCAGAAACACAAUAUGAUACUAUGUUAUUAAUAUCACUUGUAAAACAACAGAUGAUUCAACUUGAUGGUUUAAUACAUUUUGCAACUUCAAAUAUGUUAAAAACAGAUAUACAAAUGAUUAAAAUUAAAAAAGAAUUUCGAUCAGUUCAUGAUUUCAUGAUUGGUCGUGAUUUUAAUAUAGAUCCAACACCUAUUACUGCUACAGCUGAAAUUCAUUAUGGAUUUGAUAUGGUUAUGCAAGGUACACAAAGUACAGCAGUAAUUAUUCUGGGUUCUUCAUCCACAAUAAAUCUGUUUGCAUUAGUAUCAGCAGCAUUCUUAAGAAAUAUUCCUAUUAUUAAUAUCUAUAUACAAGAUAAUAUUGUGGAUUUGAGAAGAGCAGAAGUAAUUCUGACAAUGUCUUCAUUUACUAUUCGAACUUUUACUAAUCAUACAUUUAGUAACUUGCAAUCUCAACAGUUAAAUAAUCUUCUAGUUCAUCUUUAUAAAUAA